AUGGCCAAAGGACCUUAUAGCACAAUUGUCAUCAGUAAGACCCCACAGACAGAUCUGAAGGUCCUCCACGCUGACUUUCUGAGAAAAGAGAGUGCUAUUUCUCCCCACACGUUGGCGUUCCAGACAUCAAUCGUGGUCCGGCGAGGACAGGUGUGUUACCUGUGGCUGGUGCUCCCUGGGGCCCUGCAGUCCUGGGACAGCCUGAACCUGCAGUUCAGAUGGCCAGCGUCAAGACUCUGUGCCCUUCGGGUGUCUCCAGGGCCAAAUCCUGGCAUCUUCAACACAGUGGUGGUGCUCUGUCCAAGGUCAUCCGCAAAGCAUCAUCGCUGGCAGGCGACCAAUCCCAGUGAGUCUGGUGUAGAGGUCAAGGUGGCUGUCAGCACCCCCCUCAACACCAUCGUGGGCAAGUACCACCUGCAAGUGAAAAGUGGGAACAAACACAUCUUUAAACAUGAAGAAAACAUUUUGUACAUUCUCUUCACCACAUGGUGUGAAGAGGACAUGGUCUUCGUGGCUGCUGGGGAGCAAAAUGAGCACAUCCUCAACACAGGCUACCGUUACACAGGUUUCACUCACUCCGUCAAAGAAAAACCCUGGAACUUCCGUCAGUUUGAGAAAAACAUCCUGAAUUGCUGCAUUUACCUGCUGAGCCAGAGUCCCCUCGAGACCAUGGAGUUGAAGGACUCUGUGCUGGUGUCCAUGGCAGUGUGUGCUCUGGUAGGUAUGUUUAUCUCUAGGGGUGGUUUGGAGUGGGUCCUGUUCACAAACUGCCACAUGGAUUUCCAUGUGUGGACAGAAGUCUGGACGAAGUGACUAGAUCUGCCUGAGGGCUAUGACACCGGCAGGCGGGGGACAGCAGGCUGCAGGAGCUCAGCUUGGUACAAACUACCUAAAAAGGAGGACCUUCUUCAGAUGCAUGUUCAGGCAGAUCCUGUGUUGCUGGGAAACGCUGUCAAGUUCACCAUCACUCUCAAAAGAAAGACAGCUACCCCGAAGACUGUCAACAGUGAAACCGGCUCUUUGGCAGCAUCGGAAGUGACUCUGUCCUUGGACUCCAAUACCUACAUCGGCACUAUAUUCAAUGAUGAGCCAAUCAUCAAAGAUUUCAUAAUUGCAGAACUGCCCACCACAGGCAGAGUUGGCCGGCUACUUAUCUGCACUUGCAUCUUCAGGCACACCCUGCACAUCCCUUUGGUGAACUGCAAGCUCUCUGUGGAAAGCCUGGGCAUCUCCCCGUUGCAGACCUUGACCAAGCGCGAGUCCGCCUAA